CUCUGAUGACGCAAUAAGCACACUGCGCAUGCUCACAUUCCCGGGCUGGGCAGUGAUUUUUUUUCUUUGUGUUGAAGCGGGUCUGGAGCGGUGGAUUGUCCACGGGAUCCGGAUCGGGAGAGGGUCCUCGCCCCCUCGGGCGGCGAGCCGCGGGGGCCGGUCGGAUCAUUCUCUGCGGAGCGGGACCGACAAGAUCCAUGCGACCUGUGGUGAGAGAUUUAUUGGAAGAAAAGCCCACAACUGGAAGCAAACCACGACUGAAGACGAGGGAACAGCAACAAGUGAACCAGCCCGAGGACUGAGAGCAUCAACUGGAGAGAACCCAUCUGACUCGGAGAUUCCACUGAUUCAGUCAGGAGAAAGUUUGAUCUCCGGUGAGAGGUUUAUUGGAAGAAAAGCCCACAACUGGAAGCGAACCAGAACUGAAAACGAUGGAACUGCAACAAGUGAACCAGCCCGAGGGCGGAGAUCAUCAAUUCGACAGAACCCUUCUGACUCGGAGUUUCCAUUGAAAGUCAGGAGAAAGUUUGGUCAUUGCCAGCAGGUGGGGCUUUCUUCCACCCGGACGUCGGACAAGCAGACGAUAAUCAACCAACGUCAGUCAGAGUCAGAAUGGACACAGAUCUGAACUCCGCCAUCUCCGCCUUCCUGUCAAAUUGUGACGAUCACCAACUGUUUCGGUUGACGAGAUUCUACAAGGAGCGACUGGAGCAGGCGAUUGAGGAGGGCGUGGAGGGAGUCAGCUUCAUGCUAAUGAGGGAGAAUCACUUCACUGGGCAGGAGUAUCACGUAAGUGGAAGGGACAUACACUGACUGUAUAUUCUACUGAAUCUAUCACAAACCGACAGAACCGGUGUAACGACACCUCUGGGCUGUAAAAAUCCUGUAAUGCUUGUGGUCAACAUCAAGAAAAGAGUUUUCAUUUGCGAAAAACCCUGAACUUUUAUUAACCAACACAAUCCUCUCUCCAGUUUUCUGAUCACAUUCAUUUAUAGACAGAUUAGUAUACAGGCAAUGAUUGACUGGUGAAUUUAGUGAUGUGACACUUGACGGACAUUGCAAGUGGACAGAUAACCACUCUACACCACUCAUCACAUCAUGUUCCCAAUGGUCGACCUUAAUGGCCACUGACCAAUCUGUGUUCUCCUGAUGACCCACGGGUCUCCCACAAAUCAAAUAUAUAGUGACUUAUUUCUCAGCUCAUUCUCGGUCGACCUUCAACCCCAUCGUCAGUUCAACACUGACUGUCAUCUCUCAUUUGAACUGCUGACCCUUUUUUUGAUCAAUAUCCCAACAUGCCUCAUGGUUCUGUUACUUCUGUUCCUUGUGACUUCCAAUUUGAGUUUGUAAUUACCAUAGCAUAUACUGUUAACAUGGGAAGUGCAACAUUAGUGCCACUGAAAAUAUUCCAAACAUCUACAGCUAACAUAGAAUUACAAGGAAACAGCUUUCCAAUGGUCCACGUGCUACUGGACUGCGUUCACCUUUUACCACCUAGAAUGAAUAUUAGUGAAGAGCCAGACACCAUACUGAGCAUUGCAUUCCACAUGAGGCAGCUGAGAAUUUCAGUCCAAACUUCUUACUCAACAUUACCACCGGUCGGCUUUGGUCUGUGACACAUACACAAUAGUCCUGAGUUUGCUGGCUGCUCCUCACUGCCAGUUCCCAGCUGUUGGCUGGCACUGGACCCCUCAUGGAUCCUGGCAGUGAAGGGUGAAGCUGCUGCGGUUCACCAGGGAUUACCCUGGCAAAACUCAACAGUGGCCCGGCCAUAGUUUCACCUAGUCAUAGUCAUCAAACCUUACAGUACAGCAACAGGCUCUUCUGCCCACCUAGUCCACACCGACGUAUUAUCUGAGUCCCAUUGAUCUGAACUCGGACUGGAGACGUCCAAAACUCCCCCAUUGAAUGAACUUAUCCAAACUGAUCUUAAAUAAUCAACUUGAAUGUACAUCGACUAAUUAAGAUGGCAGCACGCUCCGCGCUCUUCAGCAACCUCUGAGUGAACAGGUUCCCCUUCACUUUGCCUUUCACCUGUCAUCAUUACCCUAUGAUCUCUAAUUCCAGUCUCACUCAACCUCAGUAAUAAAUGCAUUUUCGCAAUAACUCUCUGUAUACCUUUUAUAAACUUGUAUAUCUCUUUCACAUCUCUCAUGGUCCUCCGACACUCUAUGGAAUAAUGUCCUAGCCUAUUCACACUUCCUCUAUAUCUUAGAUCCUCAACUCCUGGUAACAAUCUGUAUUUAAUUCAGCAUUCGUUCAAUCUUAUUGAUAUCCUUUCAGGAGGUAGAUGUACACAUUGCUUCAAUUUAGCCUCUGAAACAUCAACUUCGACAUAAUAUCCCAACGUCUGUAUUCAAUAUUUUGAUUUACAAAGCCCCAUGUCCAAAAAGCUUUACAACGCCAUCUACCUUCGAUAAUACUUUCAAGAAAUUUUGGAUCUGUAUCACUUUGCAGUAUCUCAUCACACUUCCUACUCUUGUCAUUGGUACCAACGUGGACCAAGACCUGCUCAUCCUGCCCUUAAGGAAGUUUCAGAGUCGAUACGAGAUAUCACUGACCUUGGUAACACACCAUCCAAAAAUCCUGUUCUCGUAAAUAGAAUCUCCAGUCUAUUCUCCUGAUCAUUUUAUUCCCCGUCAGUGAAUCUCAGCACUUCUCAUCCCUUCCGAGUCACAAAGCCAAACUCAGAGCCAGAGGCAUAAUCACCGUGGCUUUCCUCUGCGAGGCCAUACCCCGAAACAGAAAGCCGUAUCCCUGUUACAAAGAGUUUCCUGUAGUGGCUGCCUGUUCCCUUCCCCCUCCUGACAGUCACCCAGUUCCCUGUGUUCCGGGCCUUGUGUACAGCUCCCUCCCUGUAUAGCCUGAGUCAAUCUCUCAGCCUCCGGAAUGAUCCUGAGUUCACCCAGCUCCAGCUCCGAUUCCUCAGCACAUUCUGUAUUAAGCUGCAGCUGGAUGAAAUUCCUGAAGGUGUAGUUAUCGGAGACACUGAACGUCUCCCUGUCUUGCCGCACCCUGUAGGAAGAACAUCCCACUAUCCUGCCUGGCUUUCCCACUGUUCUAACCGUGAAAAAGAGAAGGGAAGUAUUACCCAAGAUCAACCCAAGCCUCCGCCUCUCCUCAAUGAACCCUCUCUGACACAAAGCAUCAAUAACCUACUCUAUCUCUGGCUCACUCACACUAUGACUGCUCUGUUUAAACCUUGCCAAGUGGAUAAGUACCCCGCAAUCUGUGGCGUUCAGAAAGUCAUCAUUGGCCAUGCUAACUUCUUUUAAUUUCUUUUUCCUGCUACAAACAAUUGCUGUCAGUGAUUUGCGACGAGCAGAAUGUGCUGGGUCUGUCCAUGUUCAGGGUAGAUUUGAACCCAUCCCUCCGUUCCUCAAUAUAUUCCCCAUUGUUCAUUACAGAGCGUGACUGAGCUCGCGAAGAAGGGAAACCGAGCGGGCGCUUCCAAACUCCUCCUGGAUCUGGUGAUGGAGAGAGGCUCCGGGGCCCGGAAGGUGAUGUGGGAAUCCUUUGUGAAACUGCACCACCAUUUACUGAAGCUGAGCAGAAUAUUGAAUGAAAUACGGGAGCGAGGUACGGUGUACAAUACACUGUGUGUUACAGAUGUAAAUGCUGAUGAGUUUACAGUAUUACACAGAACAGACUUCAUGCAGGUAAAUCUGUUUGAACAGGUGACGGCCAGUUCGCCUACAUGGACACUGAACGGGAUUUCUCUGAAGUGCCCAAACAUCUGAAAGGUAAGUGAUGGAACGGAAAUCUGAAAGUCUGUAUUUCACACUGAGAGUCUGAAUACGUCUCUGUAGAGGCCUGUUUAGAGACUGUCAGUCUGGGAGACAGGUUUUUGUUGUUAUUUCACACUGAGAGCCUGAAUACGUCUCUUUAGAGGCCUGUUUAGAGACUGUCAGUCUGGGAGACAGGUUUUUGUUGUUAUUUCACACUGAGAGUCUGAAUACGUCUCUUUAGAGGCCUGUUUAGAGACGGUCAGAGUCUGGGAGACAGGUUUUUGCUGUUAUUUCACUCUGAGAGUCUGAAUACGUAUCUUUAGAGGCCUGUUUAGAGACUGUCAGAGUCUGGGAGACAGUUUUUGUUGUUAUUUCACACUGAGAGUCUGAAUACAUCUCUUUAGAGGCCUGUUUAGAGACUGUCAGAGUCUGGGAGACAGGUUUUUCUUGUUAUUUCACACUGAGAGUCUGAAUACGUGUCUGUAGAGGCCUGUUUAGAGACUGUCAGAGUCUGGGAGACAGGUUUUGUUGUUAUUUCACACUGAGAGUCUGAAUACGUGUCUUUAGAGGCCUGUUUAGAGACUGUCAGAGUCUGGGAGACAGGUUUUUGUUGUUAUUUCACUCUGAGAGUCUGAAUACAUCUCUUUAGAGGCCUGUUUAGUGACUGUUAGAGUCUGAGAGACAGGUUUUGUUGCUGUGGCUGGAGGACACGAAGCAAUUUGCAUUUGUCACAACACCUUUUCUGUGGGGCCGAGUAUCUGGAGAUUUGACAAAACUGAAGCCAAACGAUUCCAAUUGGAACAUCCAACUCCAGCAAGGGAAAUCUCGCACCUCUGAUCCAAAGUGGAGCCGAGAUUUGUUGUUAUUCCUCCAUACGAACAUGACAUGGGAGCAGAAUUCGGCCAUUCAGCCAUUCAGUCUGCUCCGCCAUUCCAUCAUGGCUGAUCCCCGAUUCCACGCAACACCAUACACCUGCCUUCUCGCCAUAUCCUUUGAUGCCCUGACCGAUCAGGAACUUCUGCCUUCAUUACAUCCAUGGACUCGGCCUCCACUGCAGUCUGAGGCAGAGCCUUACAGACAGUCAUUAUUCUCUGGCUCAAAGAGUCCUCCUUACCUGUUGUAAAGGAUCGCCCCUCAAUUUUGAGGCCCUGGCCCCUAGUUCUGGAUGCACCUGCCACAGGAAACAUCCUUUCCACAUCCACCCUAUCUGGUCCUUUCAACAUUCUGCAGGUUUAAAAGAGAUUCCCUUGCAUUCCUUAAAAUUCCAGUGAGUACAGGCCCAAAGUUGCCAAAACACACCUCAUAUAUUAACUCCUUCAUUCCCGGAAUCAUCCUCCUGAAUCUCCUCGGGACUCUCUCUAAUGACCACACAUCUUUUCAGAGGUACUGAAAAGCUGUUGACAACACACCUGCAGUGCAGCCUGACUAUACAGUCUUGUAAAGGCUCAGCAUUUAUAUUCGAUUCCCUUUUUUGCCACCUUUACCACAGACUCGACCUUUAAACUAAUCUUCUGUGAGUUUUGCUCGAGGCUCCGAUGUCCCUUUGAAGUCGCUCUGCACCUCUGAUUCUUGGAACUUCUUCCUAUUUAGUUAAUAGUCCGCUCCUUUCACCAAAAUGCAUUAUCAUACAUUUCCAACAAUGAAUUCCAUCUGCCACCUUUUAGCCAUUUUUUCCAAUAUGUCUCAGUCCUGUUGCAAUUGCACUACCGACCCCUCCACCUAUCUCUGUAUCAUCCGCAAACUUUACCACAAAUACAUACAUUCAAUCAUCUAAAUCAUUGAUAAACAAUCUGAAAGUCAGCGGUCCCAAUACUGAUCCGUGCGGAACACCACCGGUCACUGGCAGCCAACCAGAAAAGGCCCCUUUUAUUCCCACUCGCUGUCUGCUGCCUGUCAGCAAUUCCACUGCACAAACCAGUAUCUCUCCUGUGACGCCAUAGAUUUUUAUCUGGUUAAGCAGACUCCUGUGCGGCAGCUUAUCAAAUGCCUUCUGAAAAUCCAAGUAAAUGGGAUCCACUGACUCCUUUGUCCACCCUGCUUCUUACUUCCAGGAUGAAUUCCAACAGAAACCAUGCUAACUUAUAUUGUCAUUAGUCUCCAAGCACCUCGAAACCUCAAACUUAAUAAGAGACUCCAACUCUUUCCCAGUCGCUGAGGAUUGGCUAACUGGCCGAUAAUUUUCCUUCUUUUGCCUUCCUCCCUUCGUAAAGACCAGAGUGACAGUUGUAAUCUUCCAGUCCUCCGGGACCAUGCCAGAAUAAAGUGAUUCUUCAAAGAUCAUGACCAAUCCAUCCGUCAUCUCUUCAGCAACCUCUCUCAGAUCUCUGGGAUGCAGUCCAUCUGGCCCAGGUGACUUUGCACCUGAAGAGCUUUCAGUAUGCCGAGAUGCUUUUCUUUUGUGAUAGCAAUGGCACUCACUCCUACUGCCUGUCACUCGCAGA